UUUUUAAUCGUGAUUUUUCCCGUUCUCAUUUUCUAAUAUUCUUCUCCUUAUCAUUUUUUAAUACAAAAUCUAAAAUUCAGUCUAGUUUUAAUUUUCAACUUUUACAGGCCAAUUCUUUUGCUGUACCGAGCAAUACUAUAUGUUCUACAAAGCUAAAGUUUUUAAUGACAGAAAGGCUAUGAGUGAUAUUAUGAGGACUAGGGAUCCAAAAUUUAUGAAAAGGAUAGGUUCUCAAGUUGUUGGAUUUGAUCAAUCAAAAUGGUUUAAAAUUAGUAUUCAAGUUAUGGCUAUAGCAACAUAUUACAAAUACUCAUUAAAUAGAGAUUUGCGUCUACAACUUUUUGAAACAAGUGGAGCUGAAAUUAUUGAAGUAAACCCUACAGAUAAACGAUGGGGGAUUGGAUUGCCUAUGGAUGAUUGGCGUAUUCGUGAUAAAAAUGAAUGGAAGUGGGUGAUGUUUGGGAGUUUUUUGUAUUAA